AAGAAAAUUAUCACGUUGGGCUGAUUCGAUAGACAUACGUGGCGGAUAUCUAGAGAGAGGAGAAGAACAUAGUUUCGUCGUUCGUCAAUGGAGAUCUCUGCUGCGUCUGCUUCUCUAACUUUUUCUGGACUCGUUCCUCGUCUUCUUCCUCCUUUGGUCUAUCCUCAAGCUCGAAGUGCACCGUUGCUGUCUUCUUCUGUUAAACUCAUUUCUUCUCACAGACGUAUAGCUCCGUCUCCGUGUCUCGCCGACCAGUCUGCUUCCACCGGGGUCAAUGUUGUUGAUUCGGAUCCCAUUGAUGCUGUUAAGAGGAAAGCUAUGGACAUAUCCCCUCAACUCAAAGGAGCUUCAAUAUUUCUGGUUGGGGUUAAUAACCACAUUAAAACCAACUUGGGCAAGCUUUUGGCUGAGUCAUUACGAUAUUACUACUUUGAUAGUGAUAAUUUGAUCGCAGAGGCGGCUGGUGGAAAUGCAUCCGUUCAAUCUUUAAAGGAAGCCGAUGAGAAAUCUUUUAUGGAAUCAGAGAUUGAAGUGCUGAAGCAGCUAUCAUCUAUGGGUCGGCUUGUAGUUUGCGCUGGAGAUGGUGCAGUCCAGAGCUUGACAAAUCUUGCGCUUCUAAGACACGGGAUCUCCAUAUGGAUCGAUGUUCCUCUGGAAAUCGCAGCUAAAGGAGAUGCUCCCUUCAGCUCAGAACCGUCCCCUGAGUUGUUUGACGCAUUGAAAGCGAGUUACGAAAAAUCAAGAAAGGGUUACGAUACAGCAGAUGCAGUUAUUUCCCUUGAAAGAAUAGCUACAAAGCUGGGAUGUGAAGACUUGGAAACAGUAACUUCUGAAGAGCUUGCUUUGGAGGUCCUGAAAGAAAUAGAGAAGUUGACGAGAGUGAAGAAAAUGAUGGAAGAAGCUUCUCGGCCUUUCUAGAUGCUGCACGCAUUGGAUGGAGGAGAAACAUCUGACGUCUCUAUCACGUGAGAUCACGUGUUUGGCUUAUUCUAUCUGAUCCACUAGUAAGUGGGCCUAAUAAUAUCUGCGGCCCACUAAGGGAUAAGAGCGUGAAACAGAGAAAGUGCAAAAACAAAAGCUCAUCUCAGUUCCCAACAGCUUUCUUGUCUCGUCGUCCUUUUUAUAAAAAAAAAAAACAUAUUUUUGUGUCUG